UUUUUUCAGUAAGAAGUCUUUUAGAACGAGAGAAGGAGAACGGCAAAAAUACAACCGGAGCAAUGGAGGAAUCUCAGGAAAUUCUUCUGAAUUCUCUCCAAAAAUCAAGUGUUUCAAUCCCACCAGACCUCUCCUCGAUUCGGAACUUGUCCCCUCCCAUCUUCUUCUCGAUCUGUGCUCAAGUUUUGAAUCAAAUACAUCCCCAAACUAAAACCCCCUUCUCCACUUCUCUUCCGGACUCUGUCGCCGAUCAAUUCAAGGUAUGUUCUGGAAUCGCUUCCGCCAUCAAGGAUCUGGGUUUUAUCGGAGAUAUUAGCUUCCACAAGUUCUUGUAUCCAUCUGAAGAGGACUUGUACAAGUUGAUAAGAUUCUUGGUGGAGAGGCUUCCUGAAGCUUCAGAUGGAAAAUCUAAGGUUUUGGAAGAUGGUGAUGGUAGGAAAGAAACAAAAGCCAACACUUCCAGAUGCUACUAUGUGGAGAACCAACCAAACAAGACCGAUACCGACGAUUCUGUUUCUACCCAUCAGAAGGUUCAGGACAAACUUGCUGAUCCCAAUAUUAUUGCUGAAGAGACAAGAUCUCCAGAUUCCAUCAUUGAUAGAUUCUCUGAUUUCUGUCUCAUCCGAAAAAGUUUGGGUGAAGCACCUAUGGUCGAUAAUCUUGUUAAUGCUCCCAAGGAUCAUUCUGAGGUUUGUGGAAAUGAAUCAGUUGGACUGCAGGGGAACAAUAGACACGAAGUUGGUACUUACAUUCAGAAGACCUUUGAAGAUCAAGCAAUCGGACCAUUGGAAGAGGUCACUACGAAUGCUUCUGAAUUAAAGCAUUUUCAAGUAGAGUUGGAAAGGUUGGAGGCAGUGACGAGAAUUGUAUUUGAUGACAACCAUUCGAUUGAAUUUCAUCUUCAGCAGCUGGAGGAGCAAAUAAAUUCUAAAAAACUGGAUCUUCUUGAAAUGAAGUCACAGUGGGAUGCAGAGAGGGAGCUUUUAGAAAUUAAAAGGCGAAGUCUACAAGAAUCACUAUGUGCAAGAAAUCCAAUGGCUCAAGAAAAGCUGAAAAAACUGAGGGAGUUUGAAUCGGAAAAGAAGCUCAUUGAGUUGGAAAUCAGGAGGCGGGAGGAAGAAAAUUCUAAUAUCACAAUAGAUCUUAAGAAGCAGCCCAAACAAUCAUCGAGACGAUCCUAUAUCAAUAGAGUAAAGGAGAUCACAAAAAACAGUCGGAAACAAGAUGCUGACAUCGAUAGAAUCCUUAAAGAAACUAGAGAGCUUCAGCUAGAAAGUAACAAUAUUCAAGAGCGCCUCCAUAGAACCUAUGCAGUUGUGGAUGAGCUAGUUCUCAGGGAAGCAAAAAAAGAUGGCAUAGGCAAACAAGCACACAAGCUUUUAACUAGUAUCCAUGAGAACUUCGGUGAGAUCUCGAACAAAAUCCUCUCAACCGAUAGACUAAGAAGGGAAACUGCAGAAUACGAGAAGAAGAUAGCAGCCUCGGCAUCCCGAAGCUUAGAUUUUAACAAACUACAAGCUGAUCUGGAUGCUAUCAGGAGAGAAAAUAGUCACCUAGAGCAACAUCUAUGCCAUAAAAAACCCGUUGAUGAAGUGUAGAAUAUUUUCUGGGGUUUUGUUUAGUGUAAAUCAUUCAUCAUGCUUUUCGUAGCGGUUACAUUUUAGUGUAAAGGGAUGGAAUAAUACAAUACAAAUGACACUGUUAUUACUAAA